AUGAGUCAUUAUAAAGUGAAAAUAACAGGAUUACUUCAACAGUUUGAGACACGUUUUGAAAUUUUUCGUGAACAUGAAAAAGAAUUUACUGUUUUUCGAUCACCUCAUCUUGCAGCUAACUUACAAUUGGAAAUUAUUGAUUUGAAAUGUGACUCAGAUCUGAAGAAUAAAUUUACCAUGGUGGGCUUAGACACCUUUUAUAAAUAUCUCUUGCCGAAGUAUCCCAACUUAACAGCCUUAGCUGCAAAAAUCUUGUCAAUGUUUGGAAGUACAUAUCUAUGUGGACAACUUUUCUCUUUAAUGAACAUAAACAAAACAAAAUUUCGAUCAAGACUCACCCACACUCAUCUAAAAAAUAACUGUUCGAAAACAAAAGUACUUCCAAAUAAAGAUAUCAUUUUUUGGAAUGGUUUACUAACAGCGAAUAUUUUCCACACGGUUGAACAUAUUCCUCAUAAAAUUCCACAAUGUUACAAAGAUUUGAAUACAAAAUUGUUUUAA